GUUUCACUCACUGUGUCUGUCAGUGAAUGGUCAUGGUUGACGAUGAUCGGACGGUUUUCCUGUUUAAAAAGUUAACUUAAAUACUUUAACCGAAGACUCUUCAAUCCUGCGACAGGAUGGAGGCAUGUAUGAGGAAGCCAGAAGCCAAAAAGAGACAAAAACCAACAAAACCUCCUCCAAAACCUCCUGAGCUACGUGGAACUGAACCAGAAAGAGUUGAGAAAGCGACUCCUUUCAUUCCUCCACGACCUACAGAUGCUGAGAUGACACAGACACAGUACAAAAUAAGCAGAACUACAGUAUUCAACAAUGAGUUUCUGGUAAAUGACAGAAAGAGAGCAGUGAAACCUACUCCUCUGGUUCCAUCACGACCAAAAGAUGCUGAGCUGAGUCAUACACAGUAUCGAGUACUCAGAGCUGCUGCAGAAAACCCUGAGAUGAAGAAAAAUGACCUGGAGAAAAAAGAGAAGCCGACUCCUCUGGUUCCUCCACGACCUGCAGAUGCUGAGUUGACUCAGACUCAGUAUAGAAUAACCAGAGCAGCAGCAACAAACACUGAGGCCAACGGGAACCAAAGACCAAAAGACAGAACAGGGAAAUCAUCUGAACCUCCUGUGGCUCCGUCCAGACCUAAAGAAAAGGAACUCAGUGAAACCAGCAGGCACAGUCAGAGAAGAAGCAGAGAGUCACCUUACACGACAGCUGAGCAUUCUGCAGAGAACCACAAACCAGAAGCUGCUCCAGCUGAAGACCAAGCCGACUUGAAACAGGGGAACAACUCGGCUCUGACUGGGAUUUUUCGACGGAGCCAAAAGGAGAAAACGUCUACUUUCACAAGUUAUGUGAAUGAGGAUGAGCAGCAGGAGGAAAAGACUGAAGAUGUCGUCGCCAAAAAGGCUCCUGGGAACAAAACGGGCGGUCUGAAGGGAGUAAUGAAAGGUUUGCAGUUCAAAUCCUCACCAAAGGCCAGAGAUCCCAGUCCUGGUGCAGAGGACGAAGCCUCGGAGAAGGAGCAAGAAGCAGAAAAAAACAAGGAAGAAAAAAUCACAGAACCUAAACAGGACAAAGGUCUCUUCACUGGGAUGUUCCGCAAAACACCUAAAGAGAAACCAUACCCCUCAGUGACGUUCAAACAGGAGGACAGCGACUCUGAGGUUACAGACAGAGAGGACAAGUCUCAGCAGCCACAGGAGAGUUUGAGUGCCAACCGUGAGCUGUCGCUCAGCAGUGACAGUCUGUCGGAGAACAACAAGGAAAAAGGAGGAAUAUUCAGCGGGAUGUUCAAGAAGUCUCCCAAACCUGCAGAUGAUGCUCAGCCUGAGGAGGACCAACAGUCCCAGUCUGACCACGUGUCCGGCAGCAACGACAAUCUCUCUGAAAACUCCAAGGACAAAGGAGGAUUCUUCAGUGGGAUCCUCCGUAAGACACCAAAGGCUUCAGCUGAGGGGGCAUCAGGGCAGCUCUUGGAGCCGCUGCACAGUGAACUGUCCACCAGCACUGACAGCCUAUCAGACAACAAGGACAAGGGCGGUCUAUUCAGUGGACUCCUGAGAAAGACCCCCAAAGCACCUGCAGAGGAGAAUCUGUCGGCCAGCAGCGACAGUCUGUCGGAGGCUGGGAACGCAUCGGAGAAGGGAGGUGCGUUCAGUGGAAUGUUUAAGAAGUCGCCCAGACUUGCAGACGUUCCUUCCACCGAGAAGGAAAAGCUAAUGGCAGACAGCGAGCUGUCAGGCAGCACAGAAGGUCUGUCUGAAAACACCACCAAGGAAAAAGGAGGAAUAUUCAGUGGAAUCUUCAAAAAGACGCCCAAACCCAGUGAAGCUGCUCAGUCUGAGGAGGAUGACGAUCCUGACAAGGAGCUUGUAGCCAGCAGUGAAAAUGUAUCUGAAAACAAACAGGAAAAAAGUUCAGGACUGUUCAGCGGGCUCCUGAAAAAAACUCCUAAAACAACAGGAGAAAAGACGGAGUCAGCGGAUGAGCUGUCAGAGAGCAGUGAGGAUCUGUCAGAGAACACAACCACCAAGGAGAAAAACAUUUUCAGCAACAUGUUUAAGAAGCAACAGAAACCAGCAGAGGGCGUCACGGAGAAGGAGCAGGACAGGAAGAGUGGAGAUGAACUGUCUGUCAGCUGUGAGAAUCUGACCGAGGCCUCCGUCCAGAAGGAGAAGAAAGGCGGCUUCGCUGGAUUAUUUAAAAGGUCAGCCAGCAUCGACAACCUGUUUGAUGAGGAGAAAGGUGGGCUCUUCAGUGGACUUAAGAAGAAACCACCAAAGACGUCUGGAGAUGAUUCUGAGGACAAAGAAGAACAGAAGGAACUGUCGGCCAGUAACGACAGUCUGUCCGAAAACACUAAGGAGAAAAGUAUUUUUAGUGGGAUGUUCAAGAAAACUUCCAAAACAGCAGAGGGCGCCACAGACGAGGAUAAGAAAUUGUCUGCCAGCUGUGAAAAUCUCUUGGAAUCAAAGGAGAAGAGUGGAGGAAUCUCUGGGAUCUUCAAGAAGUCUCCUAAACCCUCUCCCCGCUCUCUGGUCUCCAAGGAUCCACUCAAUGAGUUGAAGAAUUCUCAAGACUCAGACGAUCUUUCAGACACAGAGUCGACACAGGCCGAACUGUCUGCCAGCAAAGAGAACCUGUCUGAGGUGACGAACAAAAAGGAGUCGAAAGGAGGAUUUGCAGGGAUGUUCAGGAGAACGCCCAAAAUAGUGGAACCACAGGAAAGUGUUGACCUGGAGACACCGGAGGGAGGUGGACUGAGACGCAGGAGGACAAUCAAGAAGAAGAGAAGAGUCGUGUCUUUCCGAAUCAAGAAAACUUUGCCCAAACUACCCAAGAGUUCUCAGGCUUCAGAGAAGAUGCCUGUGAUUGGAGAGACGGUGGAGAUGCAGGAGAUGAGCACAAAUCAGGAUAACACAUUUGAGACGCAGCCCGUGGAGAUGGCAGCUUACCCCACAGAGGGCAGCAGUCAGGCUAACGAGGAAGAAGAUGAGCUGAUGGACUGGUGGAACACAGUCAAAGGUUGGAAAGAAUGGAAUGAAUCCUCAAAUUUCCAAGCGGAGGAUGAGGAUAUGGCGAUGGAACAGGCUGCCGAUCGUGUCUACAUGGCCGCUCGCCUCUUUGUCCGACUGUUCAACCAGCGGGGGGCGUCCUUGCAGCACCGCAUCCUGGAGCUUCUGGCACUGGCGGAUGCAGCCGAUGAGUUCCACAAGAAAACAGUGAAAGCUGCCGUGGGCGGAGGCGUGGCCAGUGUGGCGGGCAGCGUGGCGACCAUCACAGGGCUCAUCCUGGCGCCGUUCACCUUCGGCGCCUCCAUUAUCGUCACGGCCGUGGGCAUCGGCGUGGCCACGGCGGGCAGCAUCACCUCGGCAACGGCCAACAUCACCGACACGGUUCACUCCAACAUGGACCGGAAGAAGGUGGAGAAACUGAUCCAGGACUACCAGGAGGAGAUCAAAGACAUCAGAGAGUGCAUGGAGUUCGUUCAGGACGGUAUGGACACCCUGGAUGAAUGGGACUUUGAGAAGUAUUCUCAGAGCGCAGCCAAAAACGCUUUGAACCAGAACAUAAAACACGUGGUGAAGGAGGGCGGUCGUGCUGGGAAAGCCCUGAUGAUCAACACUGAUCAGCUCAUCAGCACCGUUCAGGUUCUGGGCGCCGCAGGUGGAGCUGCCAAAGCUGCCCAGGCCAUCAGCGUCACCACAGGAGUGAUGUCGGCGCUCUUCCUCGCCCUGGAUGUUUUCUUCCUUGCCAAAGACUCACACGAGCUCCGCAAAGGUGCCAAAACCAAAUUUGCCUCCAAGAUCAGAGACGUUUGUAAACCCCUUCAAGACGGACUCCUGGAGCUGAACAAGGUGAAGACUCAGCUGCAGAAAACCAUGGACGGCAUCGAGGUGGAGGAAUACGAGCAGAUCGAGGAGGUGGAGGUUGAAGUGGAAGAUGAGUUGGAGUCGGAUCCAAAGAAGCUGGCAGAGUUGGAGCAGGAGCUGGACUUCCUGGAGGAGAAGCUGGAUAAAAAACUUGAAGACGAGAGGAGAAAAAAGAAGGAGCAGGAGGAGCAAAGUCUGAAGAAUAAGAAGGAGAAAACAGAGGAGAAAUGCAUGAAGGAGAAAGGAGAUCCAGACAAAGAGAGCUCCAAGGAGAAGAAGAAGGAAAAGAAAGAAAGCAAGAUGGAAAAGGGUGAAAAGGUGAACACAUCUGAGUCCAAGGAAAGGGAGGAGGAAAAUGAAAAAACAGCCAAAGAUACAAAAGAAGAAAGUCAGAAAGGAACCAAGAAAGAGAAGGAGACGGAGAACAGGAUCACAGCUGUGAAGGAACAACUGGAGAGCAGAAAGGACAAGGAAAAAGAAGAGCCGACUGAGAACAAGAAGACAGAGGAGAAACUAAAGGUGGAGGUUCAGAGUAAAAGGCCUGAUUUAAAACCAGAGGAUUCAGAAAGAGUCAGAGCUGAGAAAGGAAAUCAGAGGAGGAGGGAGGAGGAGAGAGGAGUCAGGUCUGAAGGGAAAAGUGUAAAUCAAAAGGAAGAGGAGGAGAGUGAGAGCGUCAGGAGGCACAGCAGCAGAAGUGACAGAGAGAGAAAUGGAAACGACGUGGAGAGAGCUAGAAAGACGAGUGACAGGACAGAGAACUGGAGGCGGACAGAGGAGGAGCGAGGAGUCAGAGACUGGAGAUCUGAGAUGACAAAGAGUCAAGAUGAACGGAGAGAACGGAGAGAGAGUAAAAUGGAGGAGGAAAGGAAGGAGUCACCACAAACUCAUCAAAUCUCGAUGACGAGGAGGGAGCGAGAUCCCAGGAGGAGCAGGGACGACGUUGAUUAUCAGAGGAGUCACCGCAGCAGAGAGCAGGAGGAGAAACGAGACAGUCGGGUGGACAAAGUCAGGAGGGAACCCGAGAGAACAGGAGGUGACGAAGUGGAGGAGGAGAGGAGGAGAAAGAAAGAGUAUAGGGAGGCUCCGAGGAAAGACGCAGAUGGAGAGCAGGAGCGCAGCAGGAGAGGAUCUCGAUCCAGUGCUCGGAUGAUGGAGGAUGGACUUUACAUUUAGGUUCAAAGAUAAUCACUUCUCACAGAGGUUGACCCAGAAGAUGGCUGUUCUCUUUUUUUUUGUGCAAUACAUUUUUGUUUAAUACUGUUUGUGUGUGUGUGUCUGUGUGUUCAAUAUAUAUAUGUAUAAUCCAGGUGAACAGUUCACGGUGGGACUAUUUCGUGUCCGUAUUUCUUCGUCUCAUAAACCACUUAAGUUAAAAUCAGGAGGAAAAGAAAAACAGUAGGAAAUUGAUUUGUGUAUCAGGCACUACAAAAUACUGUGAGUGAAUAAUACUGAGCUCAGUGGACUUUUUUCAUGUUCUUCUUAAACUUGUUGUUGAUGUUUUUUAUAUUUUCCUUUGUAUGUAUUUUUAAUUAAUCAAUUAAUUAAUUAAGGGGGAAACGUCUUUUUCUGCUGGUGCUGGUUUAUAUUUAAACAAAUAAAGUACAAGUGAAG